GAUACAAGCAUUCUAUGUCGCCUUUAAUCUAUUUUUCUUUUGGGAACACGCUGGGUCCUACGCUACCCACCUUUUUGUUACUUUUUUGCCAGGAUCUCCAAACCCUUUUCCUUUGUUCACUUUGUUUUGAAAUAAUGAUGUUUUAGUUAAUAAACACUAAUUAUUGGGCCAAAUGUAAUAUCAUUUUAUAGCAGAGGAGGAGCAGGUUUGAUUCAAUGUAGAGAGAAAGUAACAUCACGGUCACCUGUCAUGAAGGUGAUGGAGUUUGAACCAGAGUUAAUUCUCUUUUCAAACAGGUCUGUAUUUGUAGAUGUGUAGCGUUUCUACUCCCAUCCUAUUGUCCAUGCAUUAAUAGUGGGACGUUUGUCCUACUUGUGGAGUUAAUGUUGCUGUAACACCAUGUAAUUGAGUCAUCACAGGAAAAUCCACGCUUUCAUGUUUCCUCCUCAGGUGUUGCAAUCGAUUUCACGUUCGAUAGUUAGGACAUGUGUACAUGACUCAACAUCCCAAACUGACACCCAGGUGUUUUCACAGAGCCAGACAUAAUGUUAGUCCCUGAGUUGUAUCUCUUCAUUUUAACUCACUGACAAAUCAGUAUCUGUUAGAUUUACUGUGCUCAUACUGCAGAUAUGUGUGUCACGAUGGCAAGGAUUAAAUUUAGUUAUAUAUUUGGCAUGAUCGCUGCAGGUGUUCUUAUGGCAGCUUUCCCUGCUGCACAGAUCACUAUAGGUGGAGUUUAUUUACACGAAUGUCCGGCAGCACCAGGUAUCCCAGUGUACGUGAUGGUGUGUGGGAUAUCGGCCCUGCUGCUGAUGGCCCUGCAUGCUUUGCCUAAGAUCCUCUGUUCAGCAGCUCUGGACAAAGUCUGGACGGUGUGCAUGAUCAUCCUGGGCCUGUUUGUCCUCAUCUGGUUCUUCUAUGGUAGUUACCAGAUUUAUUCCGUGUAUCCCCCAAACUAUGAGAAGAAUAUCACUGAUCCAGACGAAAACAACAGGAACUUCUUCACCUCGGCGGAGCCUGACAACAAGCUUGCUCCCGCUCUGGACAACCGCAACCAAAGUCUGCUAAACCUUAACCAAAACCAGAGCAUUCAGAACCUAAACCAGAACCAGAGCCUUCUAAACCCUAACCAGACUCAGACGAUCAAAAACAGCCAGACUUGGAAGAGGCUGAUUCAGACGUCAGCCCCCAUCAGCAGUGAGCACCUGAAGGCACCAGCACCACAGCGUGUCUCAUCUGCUGUGGCUUACUGCAACAAAACUCUCUAUCUGCUAAGUUUCUGGUCCACAACGCUGAUUUAUGCCUUAGCAGCAAAUGCAUUGCUGAUCUCGUUUUGUUUAUAUGGUUGCAUGGCACUGGUAAACAUACUUACAAAGUAUUCCUUCUAACCAGGACAAGAGUCUUCUAAAUCCUCAACCAGAUCCUCCCGAACCUCAACCAGACCCAGGUGAUCAGCCUUUAACAACAAGGCACCACAAGCACAGUGUGUCUUGACUGCUGUGUCGCUCUGUGAUAGAACUUUCUACACAUGCCUUCAAAGUAUCUUAUUGUCAAGGAAUUAAUCCAUUUCAGAGAACUUUAACAAAGAAGUAAAACAAAAAUAAAUACAAAAUCAAAUCAUCUGUAAUGGUCACAAAGUAAAGACAGAUAAGACUCAACUGGAUUCUAAUCCUUUAAAUAUUUCCACUCCCACACUUGUAUUUUUCAACUUUGUGCCAUGUAAAUAGUGUAAAAUACAUUUUAUUUGCAAUUAAACAACGUUUUACACACUGAA